GCAUAAAACGUGUCCACCAAUCCUACAAUUUCAUUCUCAACAAUAGGCGUGUCUUAUUCACACACACACAGUACACAUUUAAUCCCUAAAAUGUCCAAAUACGCACUAAAACAAAUUCACCGAGUGAGAUUUUGUUCCUGUGUGUUCCGGGAUCGGCCAUAACUCUCCCUCCGAGUCACCCAAAAGAUAUUUCUUCCCCCAUUUACAACCGUGGAAUUCCCAGUUGGACUUUUUGAUACCGUUGUAACAUUUCGUCGAAGGUAGAACGUAUACGUGGAUGAUAGUGGCCACAUUUGUCCAGAUAAAUUACCCCUAACAAUACAAUUUAACUAGAACUUUACCCCUAUUGUUCAUUUGUUGAGCCCUACAACUUCGAUUAUCGGCGUAACACAGGGAGAUGGACUUGCAGGCUGGUCUGGUGUACGUUGGGAUUGUUGUCGUGUCGGCAGUGGUGAUAUUCCUCGUCUCGAUAUUCGGAAUGAAGGAGAAGUCGUACGAGGAGGCCAUCGCCGAGCAGAGGAAGCUACCGGAUGAUUUACUUCUGGGGAAAAAGGAGAAAGGAAAAGAGAAAAAACAUAAAAAUAAAGCUGGAAAAAAGGUGAAGGAGAAGAAGGAGGAGAGGGAGGAUAAGGACGAGAAGGAUGAAAAACCAGAGCACGUGCAAUUCGAAGAGACUCCCCAGAUUCUACCCCCCGAACAACCAGUCCAGGAGGCAUGCAAGGGCAAUAAGAAGAAAAAUAAACCUGAAAAGGUUAAACCAAUUCUUGUUAACAAGGAUGAAUCGCCAGUUGUUGUAGCAGACACAAUAGCAACUUUAAAUCCAUCCCCUGACGUCAAUCAUUUCGAUAUUAUUCACCCUAAGGAUGACCUUGAACUGAUACGCAGUCAGAGUAAGGAGAAUUUGUCUCAAAUAAAUCAGGCAGAGCCAGUCGUGAAUAAAUCUCCAAAAGAAACUCCAACAAAAUCCAAAAGAGCUUCAAAGCUCCUCCAGAAGAAGGAAUCAUUAGAAACCGAAUCAUCACUUCAAGCACCUCGCCCACCCCCUCAGACAUCCACCCCAGCCCAGCCGACCGCACCCCUCCCAGCCGCCGCCCCAGUUCCCCUGAAAGAGUCCUCGAAGAAAAACAAGAAGAAGAACGAUAUCCUGGCGCAGAUCGGGGGUGAAAAGGACGGAAUCAACGUAUCCCUGCUGAUGCCACUGGUUCAAAAAGCUGAAUUAAGUCGUUCAGAGAUUCAAAUUCUCAUCGAUCAGCUCCUGAACAAACAGCUGGACAAUCCCCUGGAGCAUUCAGAGUGGACAGAGGGCCGUACCGACCCAGUAAUUAAGCUUAAAAAACAAUUAGCUGAGAAGGAGAAGGCACUGACUGAGGAACAUGAAGCCAGUGUGACAUUCCAAAAUAAAUUGAAGGAACUUCGUGCUGAAUUGAAUUCCGAACGUUCACGAUUAACUCAGAAUGUCAAACAGCUGGAGGAGGCAUUGAAUAAUAAGAUGACUGAGGCACAGACUCUGCACACUCGUAUGCAGCAUAUUUUGGAGAGUCAUGCUGCAGAGAAGCAGGGCUUCUCACGUCAGAUUGAACAGCUCCAGGCGAAGGUCAACGAAGAUGCUGCGAUAAUUCACAAGAUGCAGGCUGAUCAGGGCCAGACACAGGGACAUCUCCAGAAGGAAUUGAAUGCACAGCGUCAGCAGCUGGAGGCUCAGUUCGUCCAGAUGAGGGAGAAUGAGAAGGCAUUGCAAGCACAACUUGCUCAAAAGCACGUUGAAUGUCAGGAAUUGCAGAAUGUCAACAUGACAAUGACCCAGGAACUUCAGGCUACGUGUGAAUCAAGCACUGCUGAGAUUGAAAUGCUUCGUCAACAAUUGGCUAUAAUGCAGGAACAGUUUAUGCAUGCUGAAGGACAGCUUCAACAUUACAAAGAAACUGGUGAUCGUCUUCAGGAUGUGGCGAGACAACUUGAAGAGUCACACAGAGCACAGGCUGAUUUAGAUCUACGAUUGAAAAAUGCUCAUCGACAUGAACAGGAUAUUCAGAAACAAAUUCAAUCGCUUCAAGGGGAGUUGAAGAUUGUCAAGGCUGAGGCGAAUGAAGCAUCUGCUCUGAAUGGUGAACUCAAUAAGGUACAGGGGGAGUUGAUGAAAUUGAAGAGUGAUUUAUCACAUUCGCAGAGUGAGGCCAAGUCUGAGGCGAUGGAAAUUACGAAUCUCAGAGGUCUUCUUGCUGGAAAAGAGGAGGAGCUGAAGGGAGUUCAUGGUGAAAUGAAGAUGGCUCUGGGUGAAGUGAAAAAAUUGGAGGUUAAGGUUGAUGAUUUGAUGGGUGAAUUGGCAAGAGUUAAGGGUGAAUAUCGUGAGCUUCAAGAAGAGCAGAAUAAGGACAGGAAUCAAGUGAAGUGUCUUCAGGAUAAAAUCACUAUUGCUCAAGAGGAAAUAUCCAAGAGUUCUGUUUAUGUUAAAGUCGCUAAUGAUGCAACAAGUGAACUCAGUGCUGUCAAGGCUGAACUGGAGAAGAUGCAGAGUGGUGUUAAAAAAUCAGUUGAUGUUAAUUUACAAUUGACAAAAUUGCAGGAGGAGAAUUAUAAACUUGUUCAGCAGAUUGGUGAGGUACAGAGGGAGGUGAAGCUGGUGAGGGAUGAGAAUGAACGACUUGUUAAUGCACGACCUGUCGCAGAGGGACGUGAAAAUGGUGUUGAGGAUAAGAGGGUCAAUAAUUUGGAGAGUAGUAUGAUUAAGCAGAAAGACUCGGAGAUUGAUGAGUUGAGGGAGGAGUUGAGUAGGAAGGAACUGGAGUUCGAGAUGCUGAGGGUGAUUGUUGAGGGACUUAAGAGCGAUGUGACGAGUCAGAGUGGCUUGAGGAAGAAGUUGGAGGAGGAUUUGGAGGUUCAAAGGUCAAAGAACAACGAAUUGAGAACUAAAAACUGGAAAGUGAUGGAAGCACUGUCUGCCGCAGAGAUGCGUUCUAAAAAUCAUGGAAAAUGUGUUGAUGACGAUUUGGAGAAAAUAAAAGCUGCAGAGCAGGAAUCAACGAAAUUCCUCCUUCAGAGAAUAUUCCCAGACAUUAAAAUUCAAGAAAAAUCGUAUGACAAAUGGAUAACUGCCUUUGAACAACGCGUUAAUAUUGUGUUGACGCAAACAACCCCUAACAAUGGAGAAGAUACAAAUGCAGAUAUAGAAAAACAAAAUAAGAAUUUACAGGGAAUGGUAUCUCAUUAUCAACAAAUUAUCGUUGACACUGAGGGAAUGCUAAAUAAUCUCCAGAGUCAUGUGGAGUCUGAGGAGUCCAGGUGGCAGUCAGAGUUAAGACUUAAAGAAAAUGAAAUUGCCAAUCUCAGGGUAGAGCUGAAGGAACUCCUGGGGAAGACCAACAUCAGCGAUAAGCUUCAAGAACAAAUAUCAACCUUGGAGUCUCGUUUGGCUGCUGAAGAGACCCUGAAGGAGGAAGCUAAGGCUGAAUUAGUGGCUCUCAAAUCCACACAACAGUCGGCCAAAGGUGGUGGGGUGAAUUUCCUUCAUUUAGAACAGCUUCAAGAGGAAAAACAAAGACUAACUCAAGAACUUGAAGCCGAACGCGUUGAUUUGACAAAUCUUCACGUGGAAUUGAAGACAUUACGAUCUGUUGUGGAGAAAAAUGAAGCUGAAUUAUCUAGACUGAAGAAAGUAGCCAGUGGUGCUAGCAGUACCCCAGAUCAAUCAUCAAUGAAUGGCCCCCCAUCAACCGAUCCAUCGAAGCCUGAGCAAACAAGAACUUCAGAAUCACUGAUUACUGUUAUUGAAACUAAAAUAACAAAGAGCGCUGGUAGUGAUAAAUGUACAAUAGACGAUAAAAAAAUGAUUCAAUCAACGCAAGAGAGUGACAACAGCUCAAUGACCUCUGAAUUAAAUACUAAUAAUUUUCAUACGACGGGUAAUGAAUCACAGACAUGCUGGAAUCCAAUGAAUGGCCAGCAGCAAAAAAAACACAAGAAAAAGAGGAAGGGUGGUUCAGGAAAAAAGUAACAUCUAGAACAAAACUACGCUAAUGAAGAAUUGUAUCUCGAGAGUUGGUAGAGAAUGCGAUAAAAAAAGACUAAUAUAAUAAUUGAAUAUUAUUGAAUAAUGUUUAUUAUAUAAAAAAUAUCAUAUUUUAUUAUGUGGGAAAAAGUAUAAAGGAAUAAACAAGCAACAGACGUGAGUAGACUUGAUACAAGGGAUUGGUAGACGAACAAAAACAAUUGUAAAUGAAAGAAAAUCAAGGGAAAACAAAAAAAAAAGGGAAAGAUAACAUCACCAAUUUUCCAAUCACCAUUUGUAGACAUUUUUUUGAUGAUUAUUGAUGAACAAAUAAAUGCAAUUGAUUGAAUUAUUAAUUAGA